AAAAACUAGUUGCAUAUUGGGCAAUGGACUGAAUGCCAAUAUGUUCAAUUGGGCAAUCAUAUUUUCAACCUAAGUUAUGAACCCUUCAUUUCUGUGUUUACAUGGUACUCCAUUUACAAGGCUUAUCUGUCUAGCAUUAGAACAGAUGAAAUACAUGAGAUUGAACACAGGGGCCCUGAUGCCAAUGGUUGGCCUUGGGACUUACAAACUGCCAUCAGGAGAGUUACUAAGACAGGCGUUGGAGUGUGGGUACAGACACAUAGACACCUCACCUACUUACAACACAGAGGAGACCAUCGGAGAAGUGAUUACAAGCCAUAUCAAUCAAGGUUUGCUCCAAAGAAAGGAUUUGUUCAUAACAACUAAGAUACCAAACAACAAAAUGUCACCAGAAGAUGUUCCCAAGAGUCUCGUGAGAUCUCUGAGCAAACUCCAAACCGAUUAUGUAGACAUGUUGUUGAUACACAUGCCGUUUGGUUUUAAGGGAACCAAUGAGGAUGAUCUAUGUCAUUACAACAUCCUAGAAACAUGGAAAGCUAUGGAGAAACUUCAAAAGAACCAACUGACAAAAUCUAUUGGGGUUUCAAACUUUACAAUUUCUCAACUGCAAAUGUUAAUUGAUAGGAGUGACACAACCCCAGCUAAUGUACAGCUGGAAUGCCAUGUGUAUUACCAGGUACCACAUUUGCAAAAGUUUUGCUCAGAAAAUGAAAUUGUGAUGUCAGCGUACAGUCCACUUGGUGCCAUGAACCGCCCGAAAAGAUAUUUCAGCCAAGAUGAUCCCAUUCUUCUGGAAGAUGAUGUCAUAAAGAGAAUAGCUAAUGUGCAUGAUAAAUCCCCAGCUCAAAUCUUGCUGAGGUUUCUACACCAGCAAGGACUUAUUGUCAUACCUAUGAGUGACAAAAAUAUACAUUUGGAAGAAAAUAUUGCGAUUUCAGAGUUUGAGCUCACUGACAAAGAUAUAGAAGAUAUCAUAGCUUUAGACAGGAACUUCAAAU